GCACUAGCACUACAGCAUUUCAUCGAUUUGAGAUUUCAUCAGAUUUAAAUAAUAAUAAGUAAAUAUUACCUAUUAAAAUAUACAAAAUGAAUAGUAUCGGAGAAGAGUGCACCGAGCUUAAGAAGAAAUAUGACGAUUGUUUUAAUUCUUGGUUUUCGGACAGAUUUCUGAAGGGCGACCACGAUGAUUCAAUGUGCGCCGGAAUAUUCAAGAUUUAUCAAGAAUGUGUUAAGAACGCUAUGAAGGCGCAGAACAUCGAUUUUAAAGAAAUUGAUAAAGACGUCCUGGGCACAGAGUUCGAGUUCAAAGCACCCCCAUCUGGGAGCAGUUGACAGAUGUAUCGUUGCAUCUGUGCUUUGAGUUCCAUGACAUGUUGGAAACCAGUAAAGCCACAACAGUUGGAGUACAAUGUGAAGAACAAUACCUCACUAGUCUGAGAACAAUGUUUUUUGUUCCGUCGUAAAGUUUAACUACAUUAGUUACAGUAAUAUAAAAGCAAUGUGUGUUACACAAUAAUCCGUAAUUAUUUCUUGUUUAAGUGCUAUCUAUCAGUAGGCAAAAAAGUUAUUGAUGUGCUUAGAGCAUACUCCUUUUUUAAAUAUUGAUAUAAAUGCUUAUGAAUUGCAUUCUGUGGCAUAUCCUUUUUAAGCACAUAGUUGUUAGAAUGUAUGUUUGUGUAAAUAGAUAAUAGAUACUACAAAUUUUAUGAAAUAAAUGGAUUUAUUUUGAAAA